AUGAUAGGAAUCACUAAAGAACUGACUCAGAAAGACAGACUGCUUUCUCUUCCGGUCCCAGGUGCUCCGGGGGCUGCAGGCUUGGGAGCAGAUAAGGCCGAGUCCAAGAACCCCGCCACACACGACCAGUGCCAAAAAUGGCACCGAAAUGGCAUCAAGAAACCAUAGUCACAAAGACGUCAAUCUCCAGGGGUGGACCCCAAGUUCCUGAGAAACAUGAGCUUUGCCAAGAAGCACAACGAGAAGGGCUUGAAGAAGAUGCAGGCCAACAACGUCAAGGCCGUGGGCCCACAUUCCGGGGCUAUCAAGGCCCUCGUAAAGCCCAAGCAAGUCAAGCCAAGAUCCCCAGGGCCAUCAGCUGCAAAGCACAAGAUCUGCCCACAUCGCUGCCCCCAAGCCUGGGAAAUGUGCUCAUGCCGCAUCACCAGGGGCCUGCGGCUCUGCCAGCCAAGGGCCAAUGCCAAGGUUCAAACCAAGCCCCAGGCUGCAGAUGCAGCUGCGGCUCGGGCUCUGGCUCAGGUGCAGGCUCAGGCACCCAAAGGUGCCCAGGCCCCCACGAGAGCUCCAGAGUCGAGGCCCCUGUCUGCCGACGCGAGGAUGGAAGGGCACGUGUGA